AUUGUUCCUUACAGCAGCAGCUGAAAUAAAACUAUUGCGCUCUCACGCAUUUCGGGCCACAUUUCUUUUCAGCCAUGACUACCACUGAAGACAAUAACCAAGAAGCUUACCAGUCUGACCAAUUCUCACUUUUUCCUCCCGAAGAACUCAAAAAGUUUCACGAAUUUCAUUCCUAUGAUUGGGAUAAUGACGCUGAAUUCCAAAAAGGCUUGAAAGCCAUUUACUCCACAAUACCCACUGACGAGAAAGAGCUACUAAAAGCCAAGCAGUUUUAUUUUUCCAGAAUAAAGUAUCCAAUCGAUCUCGACAACUACCUGCAGUUCGAAAAAAUCCUAAAUAGCUCUAAACCCGAAUUUAAAGAGGACGAUUCAGUAUACGCUCGGUUCGAUGAAUACUCAUUUUCGACGGAUGAGAAGUUUCUUAGCGGUUUGCCUAAUAUCAUUACUGGACUCGCCAAGAAUAAGCCAGGGGCUAUCGUGGAUAAAGCAUUUUAUGAUCGAGAAAUGCUCAAGGCAAGAGCGUUCUAUUAUUCACGGUUCGUCGAAAACCUCGAUCUUGCCGAGUACUUGUCAUGGAAAGAGGCGAAGAAAGUAGCACCUGCCUGCCCAUAUGCUCAUUUAUGGCAGAACAAAGGCAUACGAGAGGAGGAGGAGCAUUCAGAUAGCAACGAAUUCAUUAAUGUUGAGCACCCCCAAACCUCACUUGGUGCACUCACGCUGUCUAUCGCAUCACCACAGACGAACAAUUUGAUGACAUCGGAGAGAUUGAGAUUAUUGAAAGACGAAGUCGAUCAAGCUAUGAGCGACCCUAAACACUCAGCACUGAUUAUUACUACCCGCUGUUCUCAAAUCGCAGUGCCUGAACAAGAUCCAGAUGCUCCUAUCACUAACUUUGAUCAUAAAACCAUCAGUGCUGGACUAGCUCUCAAGGAGACACUGCUUGAAUGUGACGAUGAUAUAGAAGCUGUACAAAACUCAUUGCAAAGUCUCCAAAAUGACUACUAUUCACUUGUUAAACUUCUCGAACGGAAGGAUGAGAGCUCGAAACCAGUGUUCAACAUCAUCGAUGGCGAGAUACCCCGUUCCGCCUCGCUUUUCUAUCUCUCGCCUAACCAAACCCGCAUCAUUACUGAGCACGCUUUCACCCACUUUGGGAUAAACAGCUAUUCAAAUGCUCCCAUCCCCCCACUGGGGUUACUGAAAUGUAUCCUUGACCAGGACAAGUCAGCUCGUGUACCACCUAAAGGAACCGCGCUGUAUAUAUCUCUGGCGCCGCCUAACUUACUGCUACUCCGAGGGCCUGAGCUACUUAGACUAGGAAUGGCAGACUAUUUCAUUCCAGACGCCAAGUACGUGGAUACGUUGAAGGAAAUGAAGAACAAUGCACCAUGUCCUGCUCCACACACUGAGGAAGCUAUUAAAGUUGUGCUCGAGAUGCACAAAGCUUAUGCUGGACCUGACAAGAUUGGAGUUUGGCAAAAGGAGAUUGAACAAGUAUUUGGCGAUUUUCCCAGCGUGUCUCAAAUUUUGGAGCGGCUCAGGGACAUCAAGAAACCGUGGAGUGAUGGCAUACUCCAACAUCUCGAGAAACAAUCUCCAAGUUUGCUAGAAGUGGUUGUACGGGCCGUGAAUCAAGUAAUGAAAGAAGCCAUGCCUCUCGAAGCGUGUCUAGAUCUAGAGCAACAGCUGAAUGUUGAAUGGAGGAGGACUGAGGACUUCAAAUUAGUCGUUGAGGACCAAAUUGGAGAAAUGUCAGGCCAUAUUUCUAGCUGGCUGGAUUUGGAUUCGGACGUCGUCAACCGUAUGUUCUUGGAACCUACCACGCUGGUUUCGACAGCAGAAGAUAAGAUUAAGGAAUACCGAUUGGUUAUGCCAUCUACGGAGUCGAACGAAGAAAGGGAGAGCGUGGAAACCGCGACAACUAAAACAAGUGAAGACGACGACGAGAUAUUUGUGUGUCCGGUGACCGGCAUGCGGGGCAAAAUGCCAACUGGCCAUGCACCUGUGGCCCUCCAACCCACCGUGUAGAACGAGUAUAUUCAAGGGUCUUACCUGACGCAAAUCUCCCCCAUUUUUUCUAACCUGACGAUUUCGCGCUUCAAUGCUGGUUCUGUCCCAGUGACAGAUCGAAGAUCACAGUCUGUGCUCCCACGUCAAGUUCACUACCAUUUACCUUUCACAGAUUGCCAUAAUUAAUAAAUCUAGGUUUUUCUAUGUUUUAUUCUUUUUUAAUUUCUUUUUUUUAAAAAUUUCUUUCUCAUUCCGCCAU